AAGAUCGGAGCAGGAACCAUGUCUUCAGAACCUCAGGAAGGUUCUGUCAGAGAACAACUUUCUGCUGCUGAAGGAACCAUCGUCCAGAACGAGGAGGAGCUCUGUCGUCAGCGCAGACUGCUGGAUAUCAGCUGGAACCCGCAGCUUGAGCUACACAUUGCAGUCCUGCCUCAGCAUUAUGCAAGUGAAGAGGAUCUGUGCAACCAGCAGAGGAAUUUAAGAGUGGAACAAGAGGAACCAGGUUUUCCACAAAUUAAAGAGGAACAUGGAGAACAAGAGCCUCCACAGAUUAAAGAGGAACACAGAGAACCAGAACCUCCACACAUUAAAGAGGAACAUGGAGAACCAGAACCUCCACACAUUAAAGAGGAACAAGAACCUAUACAGAUUAAAGAGAAACUAAAAGACCCAAAACCUCUACUGACAAAAGUGGAGCAAGAGGAACUCUGCAUCAGUCAGAAUAAUGAUCACCUUGGUCUGAAGCAGGAGACUGACACUUUGAUAGACUUUCCUAUUUAUGAGGAAGAUGAGAACAGUGAAGCAGAUCUAAACAAUCAGCAGAGCUUUAAUGUAGCUGAUAGUCAGGAUGAAGAAGGCAACCAACAUGAGGAAUCAACAUCAACUACAGAUGAAGAGACAGAAUCAACAUCAACUACAGAUGAAGAGACAGACCCACAGAACAGAGAACAGAAGAAGAGUUUUAGUUAUUUGUCUCCUAUCAAAACACACAUGAGAACUCAUACAAGAGAAAAGCCCUUUUCCUGUAAAGAAUGUGAUAAAAGUUUUAGUCAAGUAUCUAAUCUCAAAAGACACAUGAGAACUCACACAGGAGAAAAGCCUUUUUCUUGUAAAGAAUGUGAUAAACGUUUUAGUGCUGGAUCUCAUCUCAAAACACACAUGAGAACUCACACAGGAGAAAAGCCUUUUAUUUGUAAAGAAUGUGAUAAAAGUUUUAGCAAUGUAUCUGAUCUCAAAACCCACACGAGAACUCACACAGGAGAAAAGCCUUUUUCUUGUAAAGAAUGUAAAAAAAGUUUUAAUCAAGUAUCUAAUUUCAAAACCCACAUGAGAACUCACACAGGAGAAAAGCCGUUUUCAUGUAAAGAAUGUAGAAAAAGUUUUAAUCAAAUAUCUAAUCUCAAAACACACAUGAGAACUCAUACAGGAGAAAAACCUUUUUUGUGUAAAGAAUGUUUUAAAGGUUUUAGACAUUUAUCUCAUCUCAAAACACACAUGAGAACUCAUACAGGAGAAAAGCCUUUUUUAUGUAAAGAAUGUGAUAAAAGUUUUACCCGUGUAUCUGAUCUCAAAACACACAUGAGAACUCAUACAGGAGAGAAGCCUUUUUCUUGUAAAGAAUGUAAAAAAAGUUUUAAUCAAAUAUCUAAUCUUAAAACACACAUGAGAACUCAUACAGGAGAGAAGUCUUUUUCGUGUAAAGAAUGUGAUACAAGUUUUAGUACUGUAUAUAAUCUCAAAAGACACACAAGAACUCACAGGAGAGAAGAUUCUUUUGUGUAAAGAAUAUAAGACAAGUUUUAGUGAUGUAUCUAGUCUUACAAUACCUUUUUUUUUGUAAAGUAUGUGAUAACAUUUUAAGUGAUGUAUGUAAAACACAAAAUGUAUACAGAAGAGAAACUGACCUGAGGUCAGCUAUCAAGGCAGUCCGAUCUUUCAUUAAAUGUCCACAGGCUGAUUCCAUCCAUACCACAUUAAUGCAGUUAUUCAGUGAAAAGAAGGCAGAAGUGAUUAUUGGAUGCAUAGAAGUGAGCAGUUUUCUAAAUUCUGACACGAGUGCUGAAAAAAUUCUUUAUCACAUAUAAGGGGUUAUGUAAUGAUUCUAAACAUAGUUUCGCUUUUUAAAAUUAUUUACUGUCAUGGAAUUCAUUCUUUUAGAUAUACUUUAAAAUAUAAAUGUUUUGUUUUUAAUUAUGAGGGUAUGUUUUGACUUUUACAUUUUUUUUGAUAAUGUGCAAUUUUUGUUAGUUGAUUUUUAUUAGUAGAUAUUUGUACCUUUAUGAUAUUGUUUAACAAUUUUGACUUGACCAUUAAGGUUGUUGUUUAUGUAUGGGAUACUGGCAGUCAAAGUGUGCAUUAUUCCACGCCUGAUCCGUUGCUUCUGCGAAGUGAGUUAGUUUCUCAUAAUGCACACUUUGAAGGCCAUUAAACUGCUUAUAGCAAUUAGUUUUUAGUACUCUCUUCUUUUUUUUUAAAUUCGCAUUUUUCACAAAAAACUAUUUGUUACGUGGUGCAGCUCAUUGUUACAUUAACAUAGCGCAACUUCGACUGCAGCGGCAAAGGAAAGCGAUUAAUAUGCUGAUUGUCACAACAGGUUAAAUAAAGCCUUAGUUCAGAGAGUACGUUCACCUCUUACUGCUUGUUUUGUCCAAAUGAUGAAGGUAGUUUGUUUCAAAGAAGCCAGCCCAAUGAUAUGGAACAUUUAAGCUAUGUGACCGGAACUUCUUUUUUUGUUGUGCAUUACCACUAUGGAAUAUCCCUUUUUAAUCCACACCCAGCAACCAAUCAGAAUCGAGUAUCGACCCAUACGAUGGUAUAAGCUAAAACACUUUUGUCAAAGUCUUUGUGUUUUCAUGACAACAAUUUUUACAUCUCUAAAUUUUCCACUUUGGGAUUUGUGAACAUUUCAAUGUUAUUUUAAAAUAAACUAAUUACAGUCAAUAUUUUGUUUAGUCAUGUUAGCAAAUAACAUUUUUGUAAAGAAAAGAUUAUCCUAAAAAUGUAUGAAGGAAGAGGUGGAUAAAGAAACAGACUGGUGUUUCUGUCUUGUGCUCUUGUGAUUCAUAUUUUCUAGUAAACAUUAGAACUCUUCCUCUGUUCCUUUUGGUUCUCAGUGUUCUGUCCCAAUCUUUACUGUGAAGAAUAAAGUGGACGUGAACAUCA